AUGAGGCAUACGAUGAGACUUCUUGCCCAACAAGCAAGGCGGAUUCCGGCUUCGAACAUCGCUUCACGCGUUCGCCAUUCCGGAACCCUAAUAUCUCCUCACCAUAACAACCCUUUGCUGCUUCGUAUCGCUACGGCUUUAGAUCAGAAGACACCUGUCGUUCAAGUGCUUGAUCAAUGGCGAGAACAAGGCAAUCAAGUUAAGCCUUCAGACCUCAGAUGCAUCAUCAAGAAGCUCCAAGAUUCCCAACUAUUUCCCCAUGCCCUCCAGAUAUCAGAAUGGAUGAGUUCACAUCAGGUUUACACUCUGUUCCCGGAAGAUAUCGCAUCUCGGAUUCAGUUGAUAGAGAUAGUUUUGGGUCUGAAAGAAGCAGAGAAGUUCUUCGAAAAAAGCAUCCCUGAGACCAUGAAGGACUACACUGUCUACACAACUCUAUUAACCUUGUACACAAGAUCCGAGACCACUCUGCAAAAAGCAGAGUCCGUGUUCGAGAAGAUGAGAGAGCUCGGUUUCCUCUUGAAACCUGCCCCAUACAACCUACUGCUAUCUAUCUACAGCCCAAUGAGAAACCAAGAAAAGGUGAAUCAGCUUCUAAACGAAAUGGAAGAGAACAAUGUCGAGCCAAAUGAUCUCACAGCAAACUACGCGCUCUUGGUAUACGCAGCUGUAUCAGACAUCAAAGCGAUGGAGAAGUUUCUAAGCAGCAACGAAGGAAUCAAACUAGAGUGGAGAACGUGCAUAGACAUGGCAAAGGCUUACCUGAAAUCUGGUUCAACGGAGAAGGCUUUAGCUAUGCUGCAUAGAACAGAGCUGUUGGUUGAUUCAGUGUCAAGAAACCGGGCUUACGAGGCUCUCAUGACCGUGUAUGGUGAUGUGGGAGAGAAAGAAGAUGUGUAUAGGAUUUGGGAGCUUCACAAGAAUGCUGGUCAGAGUAAUGAAGGUUAUAGAGCUGUGGUAAGCUCGCUCUUGACUAUAGGAGACAUGGAAGGUGCAGAAGUGAUAUAUAGAGAGUGGGAGCUUGGAGGUCUUCCGUUUGAUCCUCGUAUACCUAAUACUCUCAUCUCUGGAUAUCAUGAAAAGGGUAUGGAGAGAAGACAAAGAAACUAA